AGCAAAGAGGUCUCAAUAUUCAUGUUUGGUUUCAGUGCUUGACCUUUCCCAUUCUCAACCUGGAAAUGCUUGCCACCGAAGAAAAUAAAACACACGAUUUUGUUUGGUGAAAGGCCUACAGGCAACGCAGGCAGAUUGUAGAAAGCGCAUGUAAAUAGUUUUUGUUUUGAUUUUAUGGCUUUUGUCUUUCUAUCGCAUUUCGACUCGGUUGUUUUGCAUGAGCGCGUGACUUAACUUUAAAAAUGGAAUAUAUUAUCCUCGAUAAUCCUCCUUCCACUUCUAGACUUACUUUUUGAAUCUGUACAGACAAGUUCUUAACAGAAAAAAGUACAAUAGAGCGACUGCGCACAGUAAGUGUUUUUCCGUUCUUUAAGAGCGUGAUACAAGUCAUAAGUUUACCGUACCGAAGUCACGAGAUGUACUCUAAUCUAAAUCAAAAGUUAUAGAGUGGUGGAAAAUGGCGUCAUCCGAAUCAGCUGAAAACCUGCUUGCGGGCUAUGACGACCAAGAGAACGAGCCCUACGAAGAAAUUCCACAAGAAAAUCCGAUUUCUCUGAAACGUUCUUUGGGAAUUCCAGGUGGAACUGCUUUUCUCAUCGGCACGAUAAUCGGCUCCGGCAUCUUCGCGACACCGAAAUGGGUGCUGUUUUACGUCGGUUCAGUUGGCAUGUCCUUGGUGAUGUGGGCUUUCUGUGGGGUGAUUUCUCUACUUGGAGCACUGUGCUACUGCGAAUUGGGAACUUUGAUUCCAAAAUCAGGUGGUGAGUACCAGUAUCUGCUGAAAGCGUAUGGUCCUCUUCCAGCUUUCCUGUACGCGUGGAUGUCCGUGUUGUUUUUGAACCCGGCUAGUCAGAUUAUGGUCCUCUUAGUAUUUGGAGCCUACACUGUCGAGGCGUUUCUACCGGGAUGUAGAAAUCGAGAAGAGUAUGUUCCGCUUAUUAAGUUACUAGCAGCUGCAGCAUUAGGUAGGUUUAGAUGAGAAACGUAAAUCAGUUUUAUAUUGUUGUACUCUCGUUCAAUAAUAUAAUCUCCUCAAGAUUGUUAUGGUAAUAUAUCAGUUCCUAAGGUUCAAAUUUCGAACAUGUAUUCAAGGAACUUGAUCCGAGUGUUGUGUGACUCAAAGUUCUGCCCAUUAGAAAAUUGCUUCUCAUUUCCUUCUUUCCCCGAGAAUCGUCUAUCAUCUAUUUGAAAACAGUAGAAACUAGAUAUGCUUGAUUAACUCCUUUUUAUUUUUUUUAACCUGUUUUAUCUUUGCUUCUUUUUUCUAAGACAAUGAUAAUUUCUAGUACAAGUGAAAAAAUUGACCACCCCUAGAAAUCAAACGGUCCAAUAACUCAGUCGUAUAUGGAAUACGAUGUGAUUGUUUUGCUGUCGAGAUUAUAGCGCCAAACAAGUGUAACAACUCGCGAGAAUUGGCGUGGACUGCGAGUCGUGACAUCGCGCUCCUCGUGCGCCUUCCAUACGCUGCAUAUGAAACGCUUUGAAAUGUGGUUUAUGAUAAGGCUUUGAAAAAAAUAAAAGAAUUUCUAGGAGAACAAAUAUACACGAUGGACAUCAAAACAAUUAAUUAUAUCAAAUUUUCUUUUAAGACAAUGAGGUUGGGAAAUCCUCGCAAAAAGUCCCGUGGAUCAUCUGACAGACUACCAAAGGUGCCAAUUUGUUGUCAAAUAAUGGCAACUUAAGAAUAUAACUAAUUUCAUCAUUUUCAUCGAAUCUUCAGUCGUUAUCACCUUCGUCAACUGCGCAAGCUUGAAAUGGGCCGUUCGAAUACAGAUUUUCUUUACUGCGGCCAAGAUGAUCGCCAUUUUUAUGUUGGUAUUCACAGGAAUUGUUCGCUUAACACAAGGUAAUUUUUUUUCUAUGAUUCGAGUGUGAUCAUCGUCAACCAGAGUGCAGUUUGGGGACCAUCCAUUGUUUAUCAUUGGAGGGGGUUUAGAUGGUUUACGUGGUUUUCAGGGGGAGCGAAGUCCCCCCCCCCCUUAUACUCUGUCGCCAACAAAGUAUAAAGGAGGGGACUAUAGAAAACUGACUGCCAAUUAACGUCAUUAACUGCCAAUGAGUGGGUAUCAUAAGAAUAUUGCAGCGCUUUAUAGGGGGUAUGCGGCAAACGAACAUCAAGACCGAAUGAAGAGCCAAGAAAAUCGCGACCGAAGAAAAUACGAACCAAACCAGGGGAUAAGUUACAGAGACAUGGCUUUAAUCAAUCUCGUAAACUGUAAGCGAAUUAAAAAAGGGACUUAUACAAUCAACUGUAUUCAAUUAAACACGUGGCGACUUAACCAGCGUAAAUGAAUCUAACAUAAUAAAGGAACUAAUAUAUGAACCAAGUGCCACGGCAAACACAAAAUAUAUAUACAAAAUAAAGACGAAAGAGCUUGCUCGAAGCGAGAUAAAGGAAAAUUAUAACUAGAAAUAACCUCCUGACGAUACGAAGGCGGUGACUAAAUAACACGCACAAAGACAUAAGAUCAUAGCAAGAGAAACGCUACCUUGCAUAAAUGAAGCAAGCUUCAAAAGUGAAAAAAAGCGAAUACAACUUACAUAUCAGUCCCUAUACGCCGGUGGCUUGAAACCAAACUUAAGAAAUUAACUUGGGAUGAACGACGGACAUGAACAGUGAAUAGUGAAAGGGCGUACGAUGCAACAACUAAAAAUCAGCGGGAGAGAAAGACUAUCCGAAGCAAUCAAAUGGCACAAAGGCCAACUGUAACACAAAUGUCACGCAAAUUUAAAGUCACGCAUUUACAGGGGGGAUCUAGCAAGUUUUAUCGUGACGCAACCAAAAUCCUCCGACCUCUUAUUGGAAUUUCAAAAUUGCGUUUCAACUGGCUCAGAAUUACAUGGUUUGCCUUUAAUACAGGCACUGCACACAGGGAAAACACCAACUUUUCAGAAAAACAUUCAAACCUUUUAUUGCGUUUUCUUCACUCCGCAAUUAUUAUUUUGCUCCAUUUCUUUGCAGGCUAUACAAAUGCCUUUGAAAACGCAUUUAACGGAACUAGACCAGAGAUAGGAAAAUUUGCGUUUGCCUUUUACAAUGGACUAUUUUCAUACAAUGGAUGGUGAGUCGAUGACGGGAAAUCGAUACUGAGUGUCGUUUGAUUCUUAUAGGGUCUUAUAGGCUCAACCUCAACCUCAACAUUCUCUUCCCUAGGAACCAACUGAAUUAUGUCAUAGAGGAAAUAAAAAAUCCCGAAAGGUGAGAAACACGAAAACGACAGGCAGUUGAUAACAUUACAAUCGUUUUGAAUAUUCUGUUGCAUGUAUUUUUAUAGGAACCUUCCGCUUAGCAUUUUCAUUGGUAUCCCUCUUGUGAUAGUGUGCUAUCUGUUGGUGAUUAUUGGAUACCUUACGGUGCUUACACCACAGGAAUUUCUGACUACUGAUGCGGUUGCUGUCGUAAGUAACUCGUCUAAUAACUCUUUGAUUUACGGUCCAGCGGUAAAACUAAGACCAUAUUCAUUAGACAACAUUUAACAAAUUGAUUCUAGGACCAUCUUGCCAGAGUUUAAGGUAAUUUCUGAUCAAAAUGUAGUAACAACAAAUGCGACCGUACCUUGCUUGAUUAGUUCCGUUAAAACAUCACACACUCUUUAAACUCUGCGCAAUGUGAACAUAGGAAACGCUCAACUCUCUCACGUCAUCUCAGAGAAUCGUCGCCAUUGGCCAAUCAUUCAGCCUAUACUAUUCGAUUCAAUAGAAAUCCCUUUAGUCUACCUUACAGUCCCUCAGAUAAAUGAGAGUCAGUGCGUACAAAAUGGUGUGCGCGAGCGAGGAGAAAUACUCGGAAAAUUACAGAGGUAACUCUCUCCUCGCGUGUAAUCGUCUGGAUGAUCGCCUUCACAACUCGUGUGGUCCUUAAAAAGCUUUUAUUCAGGAGAAUUCCUAUUUCUAAUCCAAUAACCAACGCUCAUUUAUCAAAUAGCGUUCUCCAUUUCAGUUUUUACUUUUGUUUACAGAUUACCUUAAAUAACUUAGCUCCAAAACAGGCGCUUUCUUUAAGGUCUCUUAAGACUCUCAAUGCAAGGUCUGUGGACCAUAGAUGAAGGAUAUUUUUCGAGAAUUAUGAUAUAUCGGUGUUCAAGGAUAAUCAACGCGAAGGCAAAAAUCUUGUCAUUAUGACUUCACCACGGAGAUAAUAACUCGCUGUUUCGUGAUCUACAAAGACUAGCUUUUAAAAAAACAACAUUUUGACAUUUGUCUACCCCACCACAGUCGUCAGAUCGGUCAUCACCAAGCGAAACUCACUUAACACAACUCAGGCUUUGCACGAAUAAGAAGAUAAGGUCACUUUAAAAAAUUGCAAUUAAGAUUAAGUAGAGUAUUUUUCUUGUUUCCAUUUCGACAGACCCUAGCAAACCGGUUAUAUGGAGUCAUGGCUUGGAGUAUUCCGAUACUCGUCUCUUGCUCCACGUUUGGUUCCGCCAAUGGCAGUGCCUUUUCAGGAGGAAGGUAUGGAAAGGUUGAUAUUAUUUCAUGCUUGUUCAUUGGAGUUUUCUCGUUAAUAUUAGAGGAGCGCCUCUUUGAUGCCUUGAAUUUUUUGUGAAACAGAGUUUAAAACAAGGGUAUGUGAGGGGUGAGGAGAUUCUUACAUCAUGUAUCACUCGUGUUUGCUACCGGCUGAGAUAUACUCAUUGAGUACACUGAUUAGAUGUUCCUCACCCACCCCCACCCUCACCCCUAUCAAAUCUUACAUUAUUCGAACAAGCAGGCCUCAUACCCCUCUCCCCUUCGCCCCUUAUCCUUUCACCCCCACCCCUUGCUUUACGCCGUUACUUUUACCCCUCCCCCCUCACUCUCUUACAGCCGACUUCGACGGUUGUAAGAUUUCAUCCGAUUGCAAACUCUUUCGAUUGAUUUCAGAAUGAUAUUGAAUUUCAGAUUAGCUUUCGCUGCCGCAAGAGAAGGUCAUCUUCCUCACUUUCUCGCCAUGAUUCAUACCAAGCGAAGAACCCCUCUCCCGGGGCUCAUAUUCUCUGUAAGUUAUUAUUUUCUUGGAAUUGCGAUCGUCAUUAAACUGUUGUUAUCCCGUCUUUCCCAACUUUCUGUUAUUAGUGAGUCACAAGGAAUCACCGGGAAAAAUAUAAGAGCAUGAGCACUCGGUGUGAAGCGUCCGGGCUUAGCACCUCUACUAUUCGCAUUUUGCCAAGUUAUCUUUUUCUCUGAUUUCUUUGGAAGCCCACGAUGGACUGACCUGCUGAAAAAGAGUGCUGCUCAUGGCGUACAUAUUCCUGAAAUGACACCAAUUAAUGCGCAUCAGGUUUGAAUUAAUUUCAAACUGAUCAAAUCUGGAAUUAAUUAUGAUAGCCUUGCUCUCUGAGAUAUAAUAUGCAUUAUGUUAAAUCGCACUUCAAGUUAAGCUUAAUAGCCUUCCUUCGACAUAUCUCGACGGUAAGUAAGAAACUAGACGGAGACCACCUCGUCUAGGCUUUACUGCGAGACUUUCAUGCAAAAGUUGAAUAGCCUAAUUACAAUGAUCUCGUGAGAAGCCCACGAGAUGCUCUUAAAGCGACGCGAACGAGAACUUUCUCACAGGCUAUCCAACCUGAAGUUGUGCAACAGUACUGCUUAACACAAGAAACAACUUCAAUAAACUUUGGCGAAAAUGGUACCGCAACGAAAAGUUAAAAUGUCGCGCAGGGAGAUUGCCCCAAGUUUUUCUAAGGGCGAGUGACAUUCCAAAAAGAACUGACAAGUUGACUAGGCAGUGUCAAAACUUGUCGAAGUUUUUUCCUUCGUUUUAUUGUCUUUUUUUGUUUUUGUUUUUAGAGUAUCAUUUCGUUUGUGAUGAUCAUUCCUGACUCUUCGUCUUUUGAGGUGCUUCUAAGCUAUAUGGGAUUCUUCAACUGGUUCGGCUAUUUACUUUCUAUCUCUAGUAUCAUUUGGCUGAGGUACAAAGAACCUGAGGUCAGGCGACCAUUCAAGGUGGACAUUACAACGUUCAUUUGAUUUAUUUGAAAAGACUUUUAGUCUCAUUUACGUUAUUCCGAAUGAAUAUGCGAAAGCAUCCUCUUCAUCUUAAUGAGUCGACAAUUCUUUGAGGUGCUUGUUUUAGGGGAGCGUCUUUUGAAACCUCUAAAUUGUGAAUCGCAAAGAAAGCCACUUCUAAAAUGUUUUAUUCAAUUUGUUUUUUAAGUUUACAAAACUGUUAUCAAGAUAAGAAAAAAGUAACCCAUGUCAUGCUGGUGAGGCCUACUUAGGGCAUAUUUUAAUUGAGUGUAUAUGUCGGAAAAUAAUAAAUAAGAUCAAUUUCAUCAAAGAUAAUUAUCACAAGGAACUUAUGAACUCAGAGUAAGAACAAUCAACCUGGUCAACGCGCAGGAAAACGGGGGUCACCAAGUCGCGUUUGGUUUUAGUUUUGAAUCUGAGGGAAGAACGAGGUUUCUAAGCCAAUCACAAAGCGUAAUCAAGUAAAUUGAUAAGGUCAUAUCAGCUGUCAAUGACUGCAUUCUUAGUAUGGUGACCAAGCGCUCCUCCACUUUGAUUUGCUUAACUUUGCCACGUGAUUGGUCUAGGAAACUUGCGCCAUCCUCUUGACCAAUCGGGUUUAAAACAAAAAUCAACCGCGACUUGUUCCCUAGUUUUUUCCCGCGCUUCAUGAAAUAUUCUUUUUUUUUUUCCACUAUGCGUUCUUAUUGGCUCCUCGUUUAAUUUUCCUUCCCGCUGAUUGGCUGUUCGAUUAUCACCAGCUAAACUUUUGUCGCUGGCGUUUAACUUGGUUGUAUAAUCAAAUAUAUAGCUUUCUCCUCAUUUCCUUGCAGGUAUGGUUUGGAGUUCCCAUAUUCAUGGUUAUGGUUUCAUUGUACCUGGUAAUUGCGCCCUUUUAUGAGACCCCACUACAAUCAUUUUAUUGCGUGCUGUUCGUUUUAGCUGCAAUUCCAUUUUACUUGGCGUUUGUUCGAUAUGAAGUGAUUCCACGGUGUUUCCUUCUCUUUUUUAGUAAGUAUUUAUAAAUCUUUUAAAAAUUGAUGAAUCUUUUCCAAACGAUCGGCCUAUCAGAUUCCCUACAAUCCAACUCGAUACGCAAUUUCUGAGUGCUCUUGUCCCUUUUGAGAGGUUGUACGGACUAUAAUGCUUACACUUUCGAAAUAAAUCCUAGCAAAUGACGAUACUGAUUUAGACAAUAAACUCGAUUCUUGAUUGCCUUUAAAGGGAAACGCUGAAAAGUUUGUGGCAUAUUGCGUUCGUUGCGGCCGCUCCAUUAAACCAGACGCGAGGAGUUGAGUUGGAUUGAGAAGUCACGCGCGGGUGUCUCAGUGCUCUUUCCCCGCGUGUUUUUCUUGCAGAUUUGUGCUUUCUCACUGAUUCUAUGCUACACAUGUUAAUUUGAUGAUAAACUUAUGACCCGUUGAGAGGACGUAGGAUGCGUACCUUAGGUUCACGGUUGCUCUGCAAACCGCUAGCUACGAUGUGUAAACUGUUCAACUCGAAAUCUUGUGUAACCAAAUUGCGAUCUGUCAUACGUGGCUGAGAGUGCGCAGCGAGUUUUCUAGACCUAUGUUGGGGACCGUUCAUUAUCAAUUGCUAGGGGAGGGGGGGUGUGUGGAGAAUUUUUGGGGGGUCGCAUGGUUUCCAGAGCGAACGGAGAGGGAAUCAGUAGUUGCCAAUAGAGUUUAAUGAGGGGUACUAUGGAAAAUUGACCGCCAAUAUUAACUGCCUAUUAGGUGGCGAUCAUUUUCGAACAUCAAUUGGAAAUAUCUCUAGGAAAGACUAACAAGAGGUCUCCAGUCUCAACAAUUCUUUGAUCUACGCGUUUCUUCAUUCUUCUCUUCAGAUCGUGUAACAUACAAACUUCAGACAAUCUGCGACGUGGCGCUUCCUGUGGAGGAAGGAGACAUUGAGGCAUCUUCGUCAUUGAUGAGCCAACUAUCUGAAUAGAAACAAACCAAGAAUGGAAAGGAGGAAGGAUUCUUGUUAUAGACCUGAAAAAACCACGAGAAGAAAAAACUAACCUUGAUAGAAAUAGUAACCUUGUUGCCCUAAUUUAGGGGCUAGAAGAGGAGAGAAACUGAGUAUAAGCUUUUGAAGGAAUUCGCGUUAGUGUUUGAUCGUAUGAUCGGUUCUGAUUGGUCGCACACCUCUGUAAAGCUAUAAUUCUGAGCAAAGGGGCCAAGUUUGUAAAGAAACUGUAAUUCUGCGUCGGUGGGAGAGCAUAACAAGGUAAUUAAGUGUUAUCAACUGAGUUGAUAACGUAAAUUAGCCACCGUAAACAGUUUAAAAGCUAGCGCUCGAAACGUCAGCUCUUUACGGUAGCUUAUACGUUAUCAACUCAGUUAAUAAUACUAAAUUACCAUAUAAUUCUAAGCCAUUUAAAUUAAGAACUGUAUACAUUUCCAUUACUCGAAGUAAUUUUUUAUCUAUACUGCCUAGCGUGCCGAUAUUUUCUCAUCCCGAGGAUUAACUUCUCCCUAUAAUAUCCAUAUAUUAUCCAGCAAACAGGUAAUGAGAAUACACAAACUUAUCAGGUAGAAGUUGUCUUGAUCUAACACUAAAUUCUUGGAACUAAUUAGCUAAGAAAUGACUAAAGGAGAAAAUUAACAAUCAGACUUUUGGAGUUAAUUGAAAGGUUAAACACUUGUUGGGCACAAACAGAGAAAAAAGACAAAAACAAACACAAUUUCAGACCUCUCAGAAUUCAAGAUUCUGCACAAACCGGGGAAUGAAAAUCCUCUUACAAAAUCACCAGAAAAGGUAAUAAAAACGAACGUGUUUAAUUUUUUUCUGUAACAAAGACGCUAGCUACACUUCUAUCCAGGGAGUUUAACUCAUUUUGUUUAAAAACUGGUAAAAACCAGUUAAUUAUUAGUAAAGAAACACGUUUCACCACGCCCACUAUUUUAAUUGUUUGAUAGAAUAAUCUUUAUACACAUGGUAAAAUGUAAUGAAUAUAUUUACACUGUAAGAACAAAAUGAUCAAGAAGAAAUUUAUUCGCUGUGACAAAAGACAUUUCCCGAUCAGACUAAUAUCCAC